GGCUUUACGUCCUCGCGUUAGAUUCGGGCUGGCCUUCCUCAAGCCUCAGUCGACUUCUGUUCCGGUGAUUUAUAGUGUAACAAAUAGAGUGAAAGUUUUAAAAGUUUGUGUCCUGCUAAAGUGCGACAUAUUUUCGCGGCGGCUGUUUGCUGGGCGGCAAGUGCGAAGCGCUGCAAUUUACAUCUGCGCCCUUUUCCUUUGUGAGGGUCGAUAUGGGCAAGAAGCAGGGAGGUAAAUCAAAGAAGGAAGUUCAGGAGGUGGAGGAGUUUGUGGUGGAGAAGGUGAUUGACCAGCGAGUGGUCAAUGGGAAAGUUGAGUUUUUCCUCAAGUGGAAAGGCUUCACAGAAGCUGACAACACUUGGGAGCCUGAAGAGAAUUUGGACUGCCCUGAACUAAUUGCUGCAUUCCUGGAGUCUCAGAAAGGAGUAGUGGAGAAACCAGAAGCCGUAAAAAGAAAAUCCUCCACUGAUGAACCAGAAACGGAUGAGAGCAAGGCAAAGAGAAAGAAAGAAAUGUCUGACAAGCCAAGAGGGUUUGCAAGAAACCUUGAGCCAGAGAGGAUCAUUGGGGCGACUGAUAGCAGUGGAGAGCUCAUGUUCCUCAUGAAGUGGAAAGACUCUGAUGAGGCAGACCUGGUACCUGCAAGAGAGGCCAACACCCGUUGCCCACAGAUAGUCAUUGCCUUUUAUGAGGAAAGACUAACUUGGCAUUCCUGUCCUGAGGAUGAGCAACAAUAAUGCCCCACAUCUCACUGAUUUGUGCUUUAGUGAGUUCCACGUGUACAGUGUUAGCGGAAGUGUUGAUAGCCUGAUGGUGGAGGAUUAUUAUUAUUUUUUUAAGUGUAUUAAGGUUUGGCUGGAAGCUACGUGCAUGACUAUAGUGAUCUAAUGAAAGUAUGUACAAACAAGAUGAGUGUGUUUUUAAAAGUUACAAUAUAGGGCGCUUUAACUGUUCCUUUGAACGGUCACAGCAGUUCUGUUCAUUAAUGCACUGGCUUGUGUUUUUCUUCCACUCAUCUUGUCAUUCAGAGAGAUCCAAAACUUGCAUUCUGUUUAUGUUCAUAGUUUCUUUUGGUGGGCAAUGCUGUCAUUACCGUAGUAGUUUUUCUUUUAAUUCUUAAUGUUUACAUUAAUAUUGGAAUUGUCUGUUUAUGUAAAUGUCUGUGUAAAUAUUUUUAAUUUUUUAGUUCAAUAAAGGUUUAUAUGCCUGCUUUUAAUCUGCUUGCAGAUUACUCUGCUUAAAUAUCCAAAGCAUAUGUUUUGUCUGAUAUUUAUGGCUAAGAAAUCUUUACUAUCUGCUUGAAAACAUGGUUAAGUGCUUUCAAAGUGUUUUCUUGGGGUUGUUGGCAUGCAACGCACUUUCAUAUUUGUGUUGUGUGAAAGUGAGCCAUUUUUUACCACAUGCCAAAAAACUGGUUUAAUGGAAUGUAUUUUGUUGUUUGACAGACUUUGGAACUGCUUUUAAAGGAAUAGUUAACUCAAAUUAAAAUGUAUUCACCUGACCAUCCAAGAAGUAGAUGAGUUUGUGCAACAACAGAUUGGAGUAAUUUAGCGUUACAUCACUUGCUUGGAAAUGGAUCCUCUGCAGCUACAGCAGAUAAAAAAUAUCAUCCACAAUUAAUCCAAGUGACUCGAGUCAAUCAAUUACUGUCUUGUGAAGGGAAAAGCUGCAUGUUUGUAAUAAAUUCAUCAAGAUAUUUUCAACUUCAAACUA